CCACAAACGAAGGUGGGGUGCCUGGUGAGGUUGCAGCAUCCUUGUUCUAGAAAUGGAUAGAUGCCUGCUCUUCCUUCUUCUUUUUCUGAGAGGUCGAAGUGGAUUUUCCAGUGGGGAAGAAUUAUGUUCCAAGACAGUGAUCACCACCUGCGGGGAUUGUAUCAGAUCAGGGCCAUACUGUGUGUGGUGCAAUCAACUGAAUUUCACCAGGCCAGGGGAACAGGAAGCGGCCCGCUGUGACACCAAAUCCCAGUUGAUGGAGAGAGGCUGCAAGCAGGAGGAUAUCAUUUCUCCCGGGAAUUACUUCAGGGUACUUAAGGAGGUACCUCUUUCCACGACCUUCGUGCAGGAGCAGGCGAAGCAGAGGGAGCCUGUCCAGCUCUUCCCUCAGAAGAUCGAACUGAAACUGCGACCUGGGCUGCCAACCACAUUUACCCUGCGUUUUAAAAGGGUCCAGGGCUAUCCAGUUGAUCUCUACUACCUGAUGGACUUGUCUUACUCCAUGGAGGAUGACCUGCGAAAUGUCAGACAAUUGGGGAGCCAUCUUUUAACUGCUCUCAAGAGGAUCACCGAACAUGCUCAAAUAGGGUUUGGUUCUUUUGUGGAUAAGACAGUUUUGCCCUUCACCAACACCAACAAGGAGAAACUAGAGAAGCCCUGUGAUGCGAAAGAGCUGUAUUGCCAGCCUGCUUUUGGCUACAGGCAUGUACUCAGCAUGACAGCCGAUGACAAUUUGUUCCAAAGAGAAGUAAGCAGGCAGUUUAUCUCCGGUAACUUGGACCCUCCUGAAGGGAGUUUCGACGCCAUGAUGCAAGCUGCUGUCUGUGGGAGCCAAAUAGGUUGGAGGAACAGCAGCACUCGGUUGAUUGUGCUGACCACCGAUGCUGGUUUCCACAUGGCUGGGGACGGCAAACUGGCUGGCAUACUGGAACCCAAUGAUGAGCGAUGCCACCUGAAUAAUCAGCUGUAUGCCAAGAGUAAUGAGAUGGACUACCCAUCUGUCGGUCAGUUGACCACACAGCUGCAAAAAAACAACAUUCAACCCAUCUUUGCAGUGACAAAAGAAGUGGCGGACGUGUACAAGCAACUCAGUACAAUGAUUCCAAAAUCAGAAGUGGGAGUGCUGACAUCUGAUUCGAGUAAUGUUGUUGGAUUGAUUGAAAGUGCCUAUAAUAGGUUGUCCUCUAAAGUAACAGUAGCCCAUGAUGAUGUCCCGGACACCGUCAGCGUCACCUACACCCCCAUAUGUAAACACGGAGGACCAGCAGGGGAUACCAAAGGGGUCUGUGACAAAGUGGGCGUGGGAGAGGAGAUCGCUUUUAAUGUCACCGUGACGGCCGAAGAGUGCAUGAAGGACAUGUCUUUCAUCAUCCGCCCGCUUGGCAUUAAAGACACGCUGAGUGUGACCUUGUCGACAAAUUGCGAGUGUGAGUGCAACGACCCCCCCAUUGAGAACCACCCUUAUUGCAACGGCAAGGGCAGGGUCAGCUGUGGCAUGUGCAGCUGUAAUGAAGGCUCUGUCGGGCAGAAGUGUGAGUGCGCCAUUGGGACGAGGGACGAAAGCUCCCUAAGGGCCUCCUGCCGGAAGGAUAAUGGCACAGAGUGCGAGGGCCGUGGUGACUGCGUGUGUGGCAGGUGCUCAUGCCACACCACGGAGAGCGGCAGCAGCUACCACGGCGACUACUGCGAAUGCGACGAUGAGCACUGCGAGAGGUUCCAGAAUAAACUCUGUGCAGGAAAUGGUAGGUGCCGCUGUGGCAAGUGCGAAUGCAAACCGGGGUAUGAGGGCUCGGACUGUCACUGUAAGACUUCCGAUGAGCAGUGUCGCACCCCCUCCGGCUCCGUGUGCAGUGGCAGAGGCAAGUGUGAGUGUAACCAGUGCAAAUGCAAGGACGGCUACAGGCGCCCCUUCUGCGACAUAUGCCAUGGCUGCCCUGACCCCUGCCAGACCAAACAACAAUGCAUCGAGUGCCUAGGCUUCAACACCGGCCCAUUCAAGAAAAACUGUACACAGAGUUGUGGAGAAAGUGUUACGCACACGAUGGUGGAUACAUUUACCAUGACAAAAAAGCCCUGCAAACAGAAGGAUGAAGAGGGCUGUUGGAUGAUAUUCAAGAUGGAGCAGCUGGAUGGAGAAGACAACUACAAAGCUGAGAUCCUACGAACUAGAGAAUGUCCAGAGUUGCCCAACAUCUAUGCGAUCAUUGGAGGCUCCAUCGCCGGCGUGGCCCUCAUUGGCCUCUUGAUACUGCUCCUCAUCAAAUUCCUCAUCCAUAUGAACGACCUGAAAGAGCUCAGGAAAUUUGAAAAUGAAAAGAAGAAGGCUAAGUGGGAAAAUGCCCCAAAUCCACUGUACAAGGACGCCGUCACCACCGUGAACAACCCAACUUUCACCGGACAAUAAACACCACCAGAGGAAUCGCUCUAACAACCCGAAAAGCGGUCCAAACAUCUGAUGCAAGGGUAGAUGAAGGUGUUUACAAAGUCAGACUGUGUCCGAUGCUGAUGUCCGAUGGACACUUUGUCAGCUGAGAUCACACAGCUUCCCACCUCUUUAAGUGUUCACUUGCUUUCCCGGGCCUCCGUCUUCUUUGCAGAACAUGAGACGAUCACGAAUGGCCUUCACUUUCCUUUGAGUUAAAUUGAUGUAUUUAAUAUUUGUUCCAUAAUAGAUUAUAUAACAUUUGUUGAAUUUUGUCAUUUUUGUCAUUGACAAUAAUUUACUGUAAUUUUAUCAACUAUGUAUAUUAUGCAAAGAAAUAUUAUGAAAACAGUGAAGUUUUUCUUUCUUUUCUUUGUUUUUUUUGCUUUUCUGUUUUUAAUAGAGCCCAAAUUAAAACACUGUGGUCACAAUGGCAGUACCCACGCUAACUCGAUAUGUCAUUACCUGCAUGCACAGAGGAAGUGAAUAUGACAUUUUUCAAUUCUCAGUACUCUCUAAAGGAGGAACUACAUCUCCCCUGCCCCUCCUUUCAGAGGACCAGCCUCCGUUCCAUGGCGGUUUUGUACAAAAGGCAGAGCUGUGGCUCUGAACAGCCCCAUGCAGCCUGUCCAAAUCCUCUGGGUUACGUAAGGCCGGGAUAUGAAGGGGAGCGGGGCCAGAGUCCUCGUGCAACCUGCCUCAGUUGCAGAAACCCAGAGAUACAGAGCUCAAAGGCACUGCUGUGUAUAGCUCUCGCUCUCUCUCUCUCUCUCUCUCUCUCUCUCUCUCUCUCUCUCUCUCUCUCUCUCUCUCUCUCUCUCUCUCUCUCUCUCUCUCUCUCUCUCUCUCUCUCUCUCUCUCUCUCUCUCUCUCUCUCUCUCUCUCUC